GCUCCAAAAAAAGUCAAUGCGUGUUCUCACUUCCGCUCGUCGGUCGUCCGCCCGUAGUUUUCUCUCGCGAUUGCCGCUCACGGCAAGAUGGUUGCCUCGUACGUGAAUAACAGCCAACGAUAAGACCUCGUGGGAGAGAGUCUUCGUGAAGAAGAGCUUAUUUUAACUCAUCGGCAGAUCCGAGCAAGCACAGUCAAAAUGACGGCGUUUCCCGGAUCCAUCGCUUUCGACGAGUUCGGCCGGCCGUUCAUCAUUCUUCGUGAUCAGGACAAGCAAAAGCGUCUUACCGGCAACGAUGCCAUCAAGUCUCACAUUACAGCUGCCCGUUCUAUUGCCAACAUACUUAAAACUUCUUUGGGACCAAAGGGUCUGGAUAAAUUGAUGGUCAGUGGCGAUGGUGAUAUAACAGUUACCAAUGAUGGUGCCACCAUCUUGAAGGAAAUGGACGUAGAUCAUGAAAUUGCCAAGCUUUUGGUUCAGCUGUCACAGUCUCAGGAUGAUGAGAUUGGUGAUGGCACCACUGGUGUUGUGGUAUUAGCUGGUGCUCUUCUUGAGCAAGCUGAGCAGCUGCUUGACAAAGGAAUCCAUCCCAUAAGGAUAGCUGAUGGAUUUGAAUUAGCUGCACAGUGUGCUAUUGAUCACCUCAAUGAAAUCUCUGAGAGUUUUCCUGUGGAUCCCAACAAUCUUGAGCCACUGAUCAAAGUUGCUAUGACAACGCUUGGUUCUAAAAUAGUCAACAAGUGUCACAGGCAAAUGGCGGAAAUUGCUGUCAAUGCAGUUAUGGCAGUAGCAGAUUUAAAAUCACGAGAUGUGAAUUUUGAACUCAUUAAGGUUGAGGGAAAAGUCGGUGGUCGUUUAGAAGAUACCAUGUUAGUUCGUGGUGUUGUUAUUGACAAAAACUUCAGCCAUCCACAAAUGCCAAAGCGCCUGGAAAAAGUCAAACUGGCUAUCUUGACUUGUCCGUUUGAACCCCCUAAACCCAAAACCAAGCAUAAGCUCGACGUCACGUCUGUUGAAGACUACAAAGCAUUAAGAAACUACGAAAGAGAAAAGUUCAUCGACAUGGUAUCGCAAGUCAAAAAGGCUGGAGCAACUUUGGCUAUCUGUCAGUGGGGUUUCGAUGACGAAGCAAACCAUCUUCUUCUGCAAAAGGAACUUCCAGCCGUCAGAUGGGUCGGAGGUCCAGAAAUCGAACUCAUUGCCAUCGCUACUGGUGGACGCAUUGUUCCUCGUUUCGAAGAACUCACUCCGGAAAAACUUGGCUAUGCAGGCGUAGUUAGAGAACUCAGCUUUGGCACCACUAAGGACAAGAUGUUGGUGAUAGAGGAAUGCAAAAACUCGCGAGCUGUCACGAUCUUUAUCCGUGGUGGAAACAAGAUGAUCGUUGAGGAAGCCAAGCGUUCGAUGCACGAUGCUCUAUGCACUGUGCGCAAUCUUGUAGUAAAAGACCAGAUUGUAUACGGUGGCGGUGCAGCUGAAAUCUCGUGUUCGCUUGCUUGCGCAGCCGGUGCCGAUCAGAUCAGCUCGCUCGAACAAUAUGCCUUCCGAGCGUUUGCUGACGCGCUCGAAGCCAUCCCCAUGGCUCUGGCCGAGAACUGCGGUCUACCCUCAAUUAACUCCCUCUCAGAGGUGAAGGCCCGCCAGCUCGCCGACAAAAAUCCUGCCCUUGGCAUUGACUGCAUGAAUCGUGGUACAUCGGACAUGAGAGUUCAAAAUGUGAUCGAAUCACUCAAGAGCAAAACUCAACAGAUUCUUCUGGCGACACAGUUGGUAAAGAUGAUCUUGAAGAUCGACGACAUUCGUUCGCCAGCUGACGCUGGAUAUUGAUAAGCUUCACUCUUUUUUAUUGUGAAUAUAACGUCAUAAAAUUGUUACAGAAUGAAAAUGAAUAUUUUUCGUGCAUAAUAUUAAUACGCUUCAUUUGUACUUCUAAUUUUUAUAACACAAACUGCAUAUGCAGUCAAGUGCGCCUUUCACAUUGGCGCGUGUCAUCGUCAAAAAUAAUUUAUACACAAAUAAAAGUAUUAAACUACAGUUACAGAAUAUUGCUUUAUUCUGAUUCCUGUAAUAUUUAUUUGAAGUAUCGCAAAUGAGAUUUGACUUAAAUAAGUUUUUAUACAUUACAAAAUUCAGAACAAAAGUGAAUAAAUUAACUAACAAAA